ACUUUGGCCAAAUCCAGUGUGUCUCACCCAACCAUGGGCAUGGAGGUGCAAGGGCACCACUCUCACCAUUGAGUGGGCAUCUGGCUCAUUUUAGCAUCGCUACGGGGGGAUCACCACCAAAAAAUCUGGACUGACCUUUGCUAACAGAUUAAAUGACAACAACAUACAGAAUAUCGGCUGCGCUGUUUGAAUGAAACUGAAUUGAUCUCGUAUUCUAACAAAGAAAGGGAACUUAACGGAUUUACACAAAGUUACCUAUUUUUUCACAGAUCAUUUGAAGCGCCAGCAGUUUCAGUCUGAUUCUCAGCACCUCUUUCAGAGAGUUCGCAUUUCGACAACGUUUGAACACUUCUGCAUUUUUUCCACACUCUACUAGUCUUCCUUUUUCUCGGGUUUACAUCACAAUACUCUUUCACAAUGGUUGUGGGUAAGAUGAAGUUCACUUUUCAGAAAAGGGCCAAGCUGGCACAGGGUUUGUGGCUGCUCUCAUGGUUGGCAACUCUGGGUGGAGCGGUUACCUUCACUUUAGGAUGCUUCCUAAAGACUGAGCUUCGAAGGAGGGGAGAGGUAAUGGACAACACAGACAUCCACUGUGUGCCCAAUACCUUGAUUAUUGUGGGUCUUGCUUCGAUGGGCAUUAAUUACUUUGCCAGUCGAAUCUGCCAGGAUGCCCUAGAUCCUGGGCGUUUUCAACAAUGGAAGACCUUCCUGAAGCCCUAUUUUGGAUGCUCAAUAUUCUUCACCACCCUCAUGCUGAUUUCAGUCAUCUUGAGUUACGUCAUGAAGGGCAGCCUGGAGACCUCCCUGAAAAUCGGCUUGAAGAACGGUAUCCGCUUCUACAAGGACACCGACACUCCAGGCCGCUGCUUCCAGAAGCAGACCAUUGAUCGCCUUCAGAUGGAGUUCCAGUGCUGUGGUAAUAACGACUACAAGGAUUGGUUUGAGGUGCAGUGGAUCAGCAACCGUUACCUGGAUUUCAGCUCUAAGGAAGUUAAGGACCGCAUUAAGAGCAAUGUGGAUGGCCGUUACUUGGUUGACGGUGUGCCCUUCAGUUGCUGUAACCCUAGUUCUCCCAGACCCUGUAUCCAGUACAAAAUCACCAACAACACUGCCCACUACAACUACGACCACCAGACCGAAGAACUCAACAUCUUCAUUCGUGGUUGCAGAGAAGCCCUGGUCAACUAUUACAUGGGGCUGAUGAACACUAUUGGAGCUGUAGUUCUGUCUAUCUUCCUGCUUCAGAGCUCAGUGUUGGCCAGUGUGCGCCUCCUGCAGACGUCUAUGGAGGCUGUUGCUGGACAGGAGAAUGUGGAGAUUGAAACCGAGGGCUACUUGCUUGAGAAGGGAGUGAAGGAGACCUUCAUGGAGUACGUGGAUCCUGUGCUGAAGCUCCUGUUGCUGAACCAGGUAACACCUCCUGAAGCCAAACUGGAAGCAGGGGCCACUGGAACAACCACCAGCUAAAGAGUCAGAUUUAUCUGAUCAGUCUUAAUGACCUACAUCUCAAAGAGUUGUAUACUUCAUUAAUACACUAAAAUGGUUGUUUCUAAAAUAAAUGAACAUUGUAAAAUUCUCAAAUAAAUUAAUAAAUUAUUUAUGGCAAACAUAUGAUAUUGUUAGUCUUGGGGUGAGUAAACGUCUGUUCAUUCCUGUCAGGGGAACUUGGUGCAGCUAUGUCUGGGAAAUGACUAGCAUUAUGAUAACAUUUCCACCAUGAAUGGUUGAAUAUUUGAAUGACUGAGCAGUUUCUUAACAGAAAGUUCUAUUUUAUUUCUUCCCAUUUACAAAAUCAUGUCAUACACCUAAAAGAGGCUGAUUGUGUAAUAUAGCCUAUGUUGUAAUACUACUCUACCACAUGGAUGUAUGUAAAUGAUUGGAAUAACAGAAAGACGCAAAUCAAUGCCCUUGU